UCACCUGUCCCUCACCUGUCCCUCACCUGUCUCUCUCAUCUGUCCCUCACCUGUCUCUCACACGUCUCUCACACCUGUCCCUCACCUGUCCCUCCCCUGUCUCCCACCUGUCUCUCACCUGUCCCUCUGUCCCUGCAGCUGAUUGGAUACAGCGAGCAGCCGCUCAGCCUCCUGCUGUUCAUCGGCACCGCAGACGACCGCGUCCUCCGGCCUCACUCCUUCUACCAGGUGCACCGCGUGACGGGGAAGACGGUGACCACUUCCUGUCUGGAGAAGAUGACGGGCGGCUCCAAGGUCCUGGAGAUCCCUCUUCUGCCCGGCAACAGCAUGGCCGCCAGCAUCGACUGUGCGGGCAUCUUGAAGCUGCGUAACGCCGACAUCGAGCUGAAGAAGGGCGAGAUGGCCAUCGGCAGGAAGAACACGAGGGUGCGUGUUGUGUUCAGGGUCGCCCUGCCGCAGUCGGACGGACGCAUGCUGUGGCUUCAGACGACAUCCAACGCUGUGGAGUGCUGUGAGUCUCCUGUCGUAUCGCUGUGUGUGCAGGGAACACGAUAAGAAAUACUUUAUUGAUCCCAAGCUGGGAAACAUACGUCUUCAUCUCAUUCCUCAUCUUCCAGCUAAAGUGGCUGCACUACUGGUCCUGGAGCGUUGCUACUAUACGUACAAAUACACAUGAAAGCAUGCGUAGUGAUCGGCUUAGUGUGCUGUGAUGUUUCUGAGAGAGUCACAUCACCGUCUUCACGCUAAUCGCACACAACUGCACUCCAUAGGAAUGAAGUGGGUUAGCCCUUCGGUGGUUACCCACUUUACCUAAAAGGGGUUUUAUCAAUGGAACGGUUUUCUCAAGAUCCCAGUUUAGGUUUCGUGAAGUUUUCAGACUGUUUCAGAUUUUAUAAUGGUUGUGUGUGUGUGUGUGUGUGUGUGUGUGUGUGUGUGU